AUGAACAAUGUCAGGAAGCUCAAGAAGUCGCGCAAAUCCAAGCCUAAAGGGCCGUCAACACCUACAAGGGACCAGUACGAAGUUCCAUCAACGACUCCUCCUCCCAGUUCUGUCAAGCGGAAACUGGGAGACGGUCACGACAAGGCCGACAAGAAGGGCAAAAAGAAGCAUCGCGCAUCCAACCAGGAGCUGAAUACCGAUGAAAAUCACGAAAACGACGUUACAGCUUCUCGGCGUGAUAAAAGUCAAGAUGUUGAUGCCCAACUAUCCUCUCUUACGUCCCAAAGCCAAAGACAUUCAUCUUUGAAUAAGCCCACCACUCCAGCAGGCGAGGAAGAUUCAUUCGUCAAAACCAGUGGAGUUAGAGGUCCGCGCCUGAAGAGUGAUGGACGACCUCUGAAAAUCGGAUUCUUCACAAAAGAAGAAGUCCAGAAAAUCGAGAAAUUCAAAGUUGACUUCUGCAACCAGCAUUCAUUAGAAAGUCACAAGGAAUUCGAUCAUUUAGUCCAGCACUCAGAGCGGACAAGCGCAGAGCCUUGGCCUCUUGAUGCUGAUGUAUGCUCCAAGCAACAAUUCUGGGAGCAAAUCUAUGAGCUCGCACCUGACCGUGACCGUCGUUCGCUUUACCGAUUCAUGCGCCGCCAUUUCCAAGAGUCAUUUCAAAAGGCCCAUGAAUGGACCCCAGCACAGGAUGAGGAGCUCAUCCAGUUGAUGCGCGAACACUCUGGAAAAUGGACAGCGGUCGCCAAAAUGCUCGGCCGCAGUGACGACGAUGUCACACAGCGUUGGAAAAAUAAAUUGCAACACCGGGACAAAAUGAAUCGCGGGUCAUGGAGCGAGAAGGAACUCAGAGACCUUCUCGAUGGUGUUGAGAGAUUCUUUGCCUUGUACAAAAAAGAACACGAAGAUGCCUCAUGUAUCGAUAUCUACGAAAUGCCCGAUGGACAUAUUACGUGGAGCCACAUCAGCGAUAGCAUGGACAAUAUGCGGACUCGUCAACAGUGUGCUGAUAAAUGGCGCAAAAUUCGCAACAAAGUCCUGAAUGCUCGUGCAGCUGGCGAAACGAAUGCCGUCUUUGACGUCGUCGCAGAGGCAAAAAAGCCCCCCCCGGGCAUUUGUGGCGCCGCCAAAUCCAAAGAGCGACUUUUAUGUUGA